AUGUUCAAGUUGGCUCAAAUCGGGAAUAGAUUGUAUACAUUAGUUCUCCCACAUUUCCAUCGCUUUUCCAUACAGAAUCAAUAUUCGUUUUGCAGUAUGACCAUCAGUUACUUAAGUCAAAUAGAAGCUCAACAAUUGGACAAUGAACUAUUCAAUGAAUAUGCUUUUUCUGUUGAUCAACUUAUGGAGUUGGCUGGUUUAAGCUGCGCUGUUGCUAUUAAUAAAGCUUAUCCUCUCAAAGAAUUAUCUAGAGCUAAUGGUUCUGUACUGGUUUUCUGUGGACCAGGAAAUAAUGGUGGAGAUGGUUUGGUGUGUGCUCGACACUUAAAAAUGUUUGGUUAUAAACCUUCCGUGUAUUAUCCGCGUACUCCAACUAGUCAGUUGUACAAAAAUCUGAUCAUUCAAUGCGAAAAAACGGACGUCCCGUUCCUAUCCAAUUUAACUGAUGGAGCACUUAAAUUAUCUCAAUCAUAUGAUUUAUUUAUCGAUGCACUUUUCGGAUUUGGUUUCAAACCGCCUGUGAGGCCAGAGUUUAGUAAUGUUUUAGAAGUGAUUUCGACAACUCAAGUUCCUGUUGUAUCAAUUGAUGUCCCAUCAGGAUGGAAUGUAGAGACUGGACCAUUAGACAAUGUGAACAAUAUACAGCCAGAUUGUUUAAUUUCACUAACCGCACCGAAACUAUGUGCGCGUUAUUUCCAAGGAAGAUAUCAUUUUCUAGGCGGGCGAUUUGUACCGAAUUCACUAGUAGAUAAAUACAAAUUGAAACUACCUAUAUAUCCAGAUCAUCAGGUAUGUGUUCUGUUGAAUUCAAAAGACGAUAGAUAUGAAAUGCAAUAG